AUGUACAAUGCCAAUGGUCACCGCGUCAACCACAAUGGACACAAAGUCACGCCAGGCAUUCAACCUGAUGGCGAGAGCGGCCGAAGCUGGUUCCACCCCAUCUACUUCUUCAAAAUCGUCUGGAAAUCCUCAUGCACUGCAUCCAAGUGGACCAACAUCCUCUGGCCUUUCACUCUUGCCGCUCUGGUGCUACACUUCCACUAUCCAGAACAUAAACUUUGGAUCUUCAUCACCUCCUAUGUUGGCAUGGUGCCUGCAGCAAACUUGGUCGGUUUUGCGGGCCAAGAGUUGGCGCGAAAGAUUCCGAAGGUAGCCGGCGUCCUGCUUGAGACCACUUUCGGCAGUGUCGUCGAGAUCAUUCUGUUCAUGGUCCUUCUCAACCAAGCAGGAGACCGAAAUGUCCCCGUCAUUCGAGCUGCUAUUCUCGGUUCGAUUCUCGCCAACUUGCUCAUGUGUCUUGGACUAUGCUUCUUCGUUGGCGGCAUAUUCCAUCCACAGCAGACUUUCCACGAGGCCAUCUCCGAAGUGGGUUCUAAUCUGAUGCUCGUCGCGGGAAUGGGUCUCGUCAUCCCAACCAUUUACUCCAACUCACUCUCUCAGAGGCCGGACUACCAAGAUGUGAUUGUCCCAGAAACGCUGAAGAUCUCCCGCGCAGCCGCUAUAAUCCUCCUGACAGCUUUUGUCGUCUAUGUCUGGUUUCAAGCGCGCAGUCACCAUGGCUUGUAUGAGGACAUCCUCGAAGCCGACGAGCAGCGUGAUCACGAUAGGCACAAAGACCUCGUAAAACCGAAGCUUACUCUCACGGAAAGCGUCGUCGCAUUGCUCAUCGCUUUGAUGUUUGUCAGCUUCAUGGCUGUAUUUCUCGUCGAGGAGAUCGAUUACAUGGUCGAGGAGCGAAACAUUUCCGAUGCCUUUGUCGGUCUCAUCCUCAUUCCGAUCGUCGAGAAAAUCUCCGAACACAUCACGGCUGUGGAUGAAGCUUAUGACAACCAAAUGAAUUAUGCGCUCAGCCACGUUCUCGGCGCGAGUAUUCAGACAGCACUGAUGAACACGCCUCUCGUCGUCCUCGUCGGCUGGGGUCAAGGCAUUCACAUGAGUCUGGACUUUGAGCUGUUCGACGCAGUCAUCUUGAUUCUCGCUAUCAUGGUGGUCGGUAAUUUCCUUAGGGACGAAAAGAGCGACUACCUUGAGGGCGCACUGUGUGUGUUCGUAUACAUGCUCAUCGCCAUCACAGCUUGGUACUACCCCGAUCCGCCGCAUCCGACCGGUACUGCGUCGGCAGAUACCGGGGAGGCUGCACAUCGGAUGAUGAAGUUUUAG